CGAGAGAGGGGCUAUUUGGCAGGAGAGGGAAGAAAGAAAGGAAGGAGGGAGGGAGGCUGUUUUUGAGUGUGUGCCUGCCAGAGAGAGAGAGAGGAGAGAGAGAGAGGAGGGAACUGAGCAGAGAGAAAUCUGUCAGAUACAGACACACUGCUCUGUGUGUAUGUGUGAGAGAGAGAUGAGAGCAGCAGAGCUGAGACACAGAUAGAGAGAGACAGCCGAGGACCACAAAGUGAGGCCAGUUCACCUAUGGAUCAGCAUUCAUACCAGAAAGCCAGGGGAUUCCAUGGACACACAUCGACCCAACUGACAUCCCUGCCGAGUGCGGCCGAUCGACACUGAUGCCGAUGCGCUGCGUGCAUCUGUAGAGCAGCAAGGCCAAGGGGUCAGGGGUGAAAGGUCAAAGACUGCAGAGCCAGAGCGGACGCUGAGGUUGAAGGGCAUCAGAAGGGGAUACCACUGGGAUACAAGAAGAAUCAGGGUUCAGGAAGUAAAGUCUCAGUGACAGACGAGAGUCAAGGGGUCAAAGAUGAUGACAUCACAUGGAAAGCUGAGGAGGGAGAAGGGGAGUCUGGCCGAGUAUGAAUUGCAGAUGAAAGACCUCCGGGCCCAGCUGACAGACCAGAUCAAGAUUUUAGACUCUCAGGUGGAGGUGAAGCAGCAGCAGCUCUCAGACCUCUCCGAGUUUCUCCGGCGCCGAGGCGACAUAGAGGCCGAAUAUGCACGCGCCCUCGACAAACUCACAGAGAGAUUCACCCACAAGACUAAGAAGAAGGAGCAGUGGGGUCAGUCUGUGUGUCAGGUCUGGUCUGUUUUGCUGACUCAGACUCGUCUGGAGAGUCGGGAACAUGCAGCACUGAGUGACACCUGCUGCAACACGCUCACACAGAGACUGGUACACAGUACGGAGGACACACACCGUCUGCACAAGAAGAGCAAAGAAGUGGGAAUCCAGAUGCAGGAUGAGUUGCUUAAGGUCACAACUGAACUCCAGACGGCUCUGAAGACGUAUAACCAGUACCACACUGACUGUCUGAUUGCUGAGGGGAAGUUGAAGGAAGCCGAGCGGUUGGAGGAGAGACACACGGGCAAGUCGGCCGAGUUCGGCCUUGGCCAAUCAGGAGGACAGAGGCGGAGCUCUGUCAAGAAGAUGGAGAGAUUAAUGGAGAAGAGGCAUGGCCGAGUGCAGGAGACCCAGCUGAAGUGUACCAAGGCUCGUAAUGACUACCUUCUGAAUCUCGCAGCAGCCAAUGCAGCCAUGAACAAAUACUACCUGCAGGACGUCAGCACUCUCAUAGAUUGCUGCGACCUGGGUUUCCAUCUGGCUGUGGAGAGAGUGAUGAAGUGCUACCUGGCCAGCAGGUGGCGCAUCCAGAAGACCGAGGAGACGGGGCUGAAGCAGUUAGAGGCAGCUGUGACAUCCCUGGACCAGGGUGGAGACAGAGAUGCGUUACUACAGCAACAUGACUCCGCCUUCUGUCUCCCAUUCAGAUUCAACUACCACCCACACGAGGGAGACCAGGUGUGUGAGGUGAGUGCGGAGAGCCAGGUGAGGUACGAGCUGGAGACCAGAUUCCAGCAGCUUCAGUCUCGGCUUGCUGCUGUUACCUUGGAAACAGAGGAGAUCAGUAAAACACUUAAAGCCACGCUCACGGCCCUGCUGGACUGUAUAUGUGACAGCGACUGUAACCCCUCCCCCGAUGUGCCCAGCAGCCUAUCAAACGAGCCCCCCGGUGGAAGCACAGCCCCAAAACUUACCCUAGCCAAGCGUCGAGCCAAUCAGCAGGAGACAGAGACCUACUAUUUUACAAAAGUGAAGGAGUUCCUCACCAGCAGUUCUCUGACCUCCAAACUUCAAGCCAAACAUGACCUUCUACAAGAUGCCAUACAGAAAGCGGAGGCUGUCGACAGUGACCCUUCCAGACGAAGGAGGAGAAUGUCUCGGACACAGAGCUCUGGGCAGCAGAUUCCUGUGGUGGUUGAAAGCUGCAUCCGUUUCAUAAACCUUCACGGUGAGUCAGUUUCUAUGAUGGAGCACUAAGCCGAGCUCAGAGAGAGCUUUGGACCCUGAGAACGAGUGGAGGAUCCUCUGUCAGACAGUGAGUGUGACCUGGACUCCGUGGCUGGUGUGUUGAAGCUUUACUUCAGGGGCCUCGAGCCUCCUCUCUUCCCGUACGACAGCUACGCUCAGCUGCUGGAGUGUGUCCAAAUUGAGGACGAUGCAGAGAAAGCUGCCCAGAUUAAAGCGAUUGUCUCCAGCUUCCCACGGCCUCUCCCCAUCGUGAUGCGCUACCUUUUCGCUUUCCUCAAUCAUGUGUCUCAGUACAGUGACGAGAACAUGAUGCAGCCCUACAACUUGGCCGUUUGCUUCGGCCCGAGCCUGCUGAGAGGGAUGGAUUCUGAUGACGCUGUUGCUAGGCAGCCGCAGGUUAAUGACCUCGUCAAAACCAUGAUCAUGCAACAUGACAUCAUCUUCCCUGGCCAAUCGGAGCUGCCGGGUCCCGUCUACGAGAAGCACAUGACUCUGGAGCAGGAGUACUGUGAACCAAUCACAGAGGAGGGAGACGGAGAGGCCGAGCAUCUGCCCAGUGAGGAUGAGUGGGAGGCAGUGGCUAUGUUUGACUAUGUGGCGAGAUCUCCAGCAGAGCUGUCAUUCAAGCAGGGAGACCUUCUCAUCCUUCACAGCAAGGCCUCAAGUGAUUGGUGGAAAGGCGAAGUGGGAGGGGUCAAGGGUCUCAUCCCUCACAAGUACAUCAGCAUGCUGGAAGGGUCCGAGCGCGGGAAAAGAGAAGAAGGAGGAGGAGGAGGCAGCACUGGAAACCUGACAGUAGAAGAUCCACAGACGGAGAACACUACUCGGAUGCGGGUGAACAGCGACAGUGCUUCGUUACCUGGAAGACAGAGAGGGAGCGAGGGGAGUCCCAGUCGAAAGCCUCCAACCUCUCCCGCCAACCGACACCUGCCAGUGUCUCAGGAGAGAAGACACACUUUGGACACAGUGAGACAGGGCUUCAGACCCACAGACAAACUCCCGUUUGUUCAAGCAGAAAGAACAGCAGUUGACAAGGAGAUGAUCAGCCGUCAGAUGAACUCCGUAUUCAAGGAGCUUCUGUUACGCCAGCCUGCUGUUCAGACAUCAGCCCUCGCCACCCCUGCCGCCCCCGCUCCCUCUUCCUCCUCCUCCUCUUCCUCUCUUCCCCAAGCUUCACCCGCUGCCAAAAAAGUCGGAUUCGGCAUCAGAGGACGGACGCUUUUCAGACCGGUGGACUGACAGACAGGGGAGGAUGAUGAUUACACUGAUAACGAUGAUGCAUUUGGUGAAGAUCUUGAUUUAUUUUAUAUAAUGUAUAAUAUUUGCGUCUCUACCAUCUCAUAGUGCCACUAGUCUCGGUGCCGUGUUACUGUACGUCCAGUGUGUCUUGUUUUACAGCUGGUUUUGGUCCUCUUUAGGUUCUGGUCUGAUUUUUGUUCACCAGGUUUUUGCAAUUUUGAAAGAAUCAGGGAUGUGACAUCACCAGUGAUUUCACCAGACUGACUUUUAAGAUUACUUACCAUGAUACAAGAGAAAGAAGAAAAGACUUAAGCUGCCCCCUAGUGGCAGGUCUGAGAUCAGCUCUGCCUAAUGUUUGCUCUAUUUUGAAUAGCAAAACUGAUCCAGGGCCUGUGCCUAGGAGUGCCUUCAUAUCUUAUUCUUAUCUUAAUCUUCACAUUCAUUUCACUUCAAAAGACCUGAUAGUUUUAAACUCAUGGUGUAUUUUAUAUUAAAAAAUGUGAUCCAGAAAGACGAGCCCUACAGUGUUUAAUAUUAAAUAGGUAAGACAUUAUGAAUGAUAUGUUAUUCAGAUUUUUUAAAUAUACUUGGCAAACAAAUUAUGAAAUAACUUAUGAAAUUGGUAAAAUUUAACUCAUAAGUAAUCAAAUGUUAUUACCACCAACAUUUACAUAAUAAGUGAAUUGAGUAUAUUUUUUAUGCAAUUAUCAAUACUUGUCUGAAAAUGCCUUUUCUAAAUGAAAUCUUAUUUCAUGUCACUUUUCCUAAAAAAGCAGUUUUUGCUGAUCUUGUACAUUUCAGCCAAUCCCACUGUCUCUUCUGCUACAAGCUCUACCAUCAAAUUCUGUCAUUUAGCACAAUCAUCAGGGGGGAUUUAUCCCAAAGCACCUGGAUCGAACCGAGUACUUAAGUGCCGUGAUGAGAGGUCUCAUUCAAUAGAGCCAUUUCCUGAGCUACACGCUAGUUUAUAUGCACCUAGCAUCAUAGUCCACAUGCAGUGCCCUAUGGAUUGGGAUGGUCAUACAGUUUGAGUGGAAUAUAGUGGUGGCAGAGGUAGAAGUCUACUCCCAAAUACAGGAUCACCUGUUCAUCCCAGCAGGAGGUUCUUUGUGACUUGACAGGUCAGAUUUGAUCUCAUUUGAACUCUGUUAAGCGAGUCAAAGCACUAGGUGUCCUCACCCAAUUCGUCCGAUUCCUGAACUUGGCAUGCACAACCAGUGUCAAGGCUGGCAAGUCCCCUGCUCUGUGGGGUGAGCUGGCCCCAUCACCCGCAAAAGGGUCAGGGAAUAUUGGGAUGGCAGCACAUGACCAACAAGCACCAAAGGGCCUUAGGCUCAAAUUCAAGAAACUGCAGAGCAACAGCGAAAAACUUAGGGAAGACAUGACAUCCCUUGCAUAUUGCAGUUUUUCAAGAGCUUAUUUAUGUUAUGAUUAUUUCUUAUGUAUUUAAUAGUGAACAAUGUAGGGCUCCACAGACGCCAGCUAGGAAAACUGUAAGCAGUGAGGUCAGUAAUUAAUAGCAGCAUGCACACACACACACACACACACACACCAGAUGAAACACAGAUUCCCCUUCAUAUGUGAUACAUGGCCUGAUGCACAGGCCAAAUCUCAGGGCUGUAGCAGAGUUAGAGACGGGCUAACUCAGGUUUGGCUUUGAAGGAACAGGUAAGAGCUUUUUCUCUCAGGGCUUUGGUUGACUUACUCCUCAACUGGAAACUGUGCCCUAGCCUCAAGAGCCAAAAUGGCCCCCAUAUCAGAGAGGGUUAAACUGUGAACGCUUCGGAGCCACGAUCAAAACUCUUGUGUCAUUCAUCCACACAUUUUGGCCCCCUGACUAUAUAUCUAUAGCACCUCCUACAGGUCCCAUUCAAAUGUAUGUUUCAGGAUCUUUGGAGUGAGGUGUUUGAUUCCUUUGACUCCAAAGGAAUUUGAAAUGUUUUUUUUACAUAUGGCAUCUCUCCUCUGUCGUGUUUCAGUAUCAGAAAAAUAGAAGUAGAAUCACUUUGUCAAAUAUUGAUUCUGCUUCUAUGAUUAAAAGACCCUGUUAUCUUGGAUCACUGUCUGAUGAUGUCACAAAACUUACUGUGUCAAACUGUAUAUGUGGUGAAAGAAAUAUGAAUACAAUAAAGACCAUAAA